AUGAAGCAUCUCAUCCUGAUCGGAGCCUGCUAUCUAGAUACCAUCUUGAGCGUACCGCACUACCCAGAAGAAGACGAAAAGCUACGCGCAUCGACCCUCACCAUUCGCCGGGGAGGCAACUGCCCCAACUCGCUCGAGGUGCUUCAGCAGCUCGUCCAGCCUCAAGAUGCCAUCCGCAUGUAUCUGAUCUCGCCUCUGCCGAGCAAAUCAUCGCCGGCCGCGCAGCGCAUCAAGGCUUCAUUUGGUGAGUCGUCACCCGUAAGUCUCGAGCACAGUCUUUACCGAGAGACGUACACGGAAGCGGCCAGCAGUUACAUCAUCCGUAGCGAGCAUUCGGGAAGCCGUACGCUCGUAAACUACAAUGACCUACCAGAAAUGACAGUCGCCGAGUUCGAGGCCAUCGUGCAGAGGUUCAGCCCCGACGACGAGACUUGGUGGCACUUUGAAGGCCGCAUUCCACACACUACGUUAAAGUGCGUCCGCACGCUACGUGACAAGCUCCCAAACGCGCAAGUCAGUAUCGAAGUCGAGAAGCCGGGGAGGGACGGCCUUCGCGAGCUCGCAGCUGAGGCCAAUGUCGUCUUCUAUUCCAAGUCCUGGGCAGAGAAAGCCUCGGUAGGAGCGGGUGAUACUUUCAUAGCGGGAAUGCUCUACAGCCUGGUCUGUCGAAACAAGACCUGGCAUGUCAGCCACGGGCUGAGCUUCGCCGUCCACCUGGCCACGACAAAGGUCCAAAGGGAGGGGUUUCAGGGGCUCGGCGCAGAUGUCCACGACUGGCUAGUAGGCAAUGCGUCCUGA